CGAGCGAUUCUUGUCUUCCAGCUUUCAGAACAUAUCUAGUCUUAUUUGCGUUGAGUACUCACUCAACCAUGACAAAACACAGCAAGAAUAACACUGCGUCAUCUAUAUUCUCGUAUGCCGAGUACAAGAAGCUCGACUAUGGCACGAAACGCCAACGUCUAGGAAAUGAAUCUAUGCGUCGCUUUGAUGCAUGCGCUCUCUGUUUGAACCGCGCUCGUGAUCCAGUCGCAUGUCAAGACGGUCACUUAUUCUGCAAGGAAUGCAUAUAUACGGACCUUCUCAGCCAGAAGAAAGACAUCAAGCGCCAGAAGGACCGCCUCGAAGCUUUGAAGAAGGAGGCGGAGGCGGAGAAGGCUAGAGCAAAGGAGGCAGCCAGGGAACGUGUGCUGGCAGACUUUGAAAGAGGGCAGCUAGGUCUCGGAGCCAACGUCAGUGGAAGUGUCAUCAGCACGUCGUCUUCAGAAGCCCGUGGCACAAAGCGCAAAUUCUCCUUCGACACUUCGCUAGCAGAGCAGAAAGCCCUCGAAGCGGAAGAAGACGCCCUUCGUCAGAUAGAACGCGAGCAGGCCCUGGCACUCAAGUCUAAACUGCCCGACUUCUGGCUUCCGUCGUUAACGCCAACAUAUUCCUCGAGUGGCCCUCCUAUAAGCCUGGAUGAUGUGAAGGUAGUGACGACUUGCAGGGGUGGAGUGCAGUCACAUCCACUUGCGUUGAAGAACCUGGUACCAGUAUCUUUCGCAAAACCCAAUACAACUUCUGUCGUACCGUCGACACCGGCAAGCGAAGACUCCACGCCCACAAAAUCCCUGAAAGAGCGAGAAGAGGAAGAGAACCCAAUCUGUCCGUCAUGCAAGAAGCAGCUGUCAAAUAGCGUUCGGAUAUUCCUGUCGAAGCCGUGUGGACAUGUGACAUGCAAGACUUGUUUCGAUACCCUGGUCAAGCCUGCGAAGCAGUGCGUCGUGUGCGAUAAGGAGCUGAAGGUCGAGAAAGAGAUAGUGGAACUGAAGAGGGAAGGAACGGGUUUUGCUGGCGGAGGUCUGGCAGAGACGUCCAAGUCCGGGAUCGCCUUUCAAGGUUGAGGGCGUACGGUUCUUUGAACUUGUUCUUAUCAUGCAGCAGUCAUUGUAUGACACGGUGCUGUUGAUCCAUUUGUAUGGACGAUAUCUUGCUAUGCACCAUUGCACGCCG